ACAGGGGAAAUAUAUAAAGACGGCCGUUAAUGCUCUAGUUUAGCUAGGUUUGAACAAGCUGCUCUCGCCGUCUCGUUCCCGAAGACUUUUAGCCGCCACCAUGGUGAAGAAAUACGCAGGAAAGACCUACCAGAUCGAUAAAAUGGAGAACAUGGACAACUACCUCAUCGCUUACGGCGUGAGUGACGCCGGUCACCGGGAGGCAGCCCUCAAGCAGACGACCAAGACGACGCUGACGGUGGACGGCGACCAGUAUAAGAUCAUCCUCGACAUCGGCUCGAGGAAGAUGGAGAUCCCAUUCAAGCUGAACACCGAGUUCGAAGAGACGACGCUGGACGGCCGCAAAGCGCAGACGACGUUCACCGUGAAGGGCGACGACGUUCUGGUGCAGGUGCAGAAGCUCACAGACGGCCGCACCGUCACCACCGAGAGGAAGUUCAGCGACACCCACAUGAUCGCGACGCUGACCAUUGGUGACGUCGUUGCCAAGAGAUUUUACAAGGCUGUCUAAACCUCACAGUGCGAAGAUUUACUUCUAAUAUUUAUGUCCACAAUCCCUCAAAAUCUGUACUGCUUUUACCAUGAGUUAAAUAAAUACAUUUUAUUGCUGCGGUA